AUGACAGGAACAGUUUACAUGCAGCUGAAACCAGAAGGUUACUGUAUAAAAAGACUUUAAACCUUUUUCUUCUCACUGUCACCGUCUUUCUCGUAGAGUCGACUCCAAAUCCCUGCAGAAGAUUUAAACGUAUUUAUGGUUUUUAAUCAGUGGGAGCAGCUAUUUAACAAACUGCUUCUUAAACAAAAAAAUCUUGUGAGGUUGAAGCUUCAGCCGACUUCAGUGUGAACUUUAUUAGCACCGGUUCUAUUUGGACGGUCGGUGAAUGCUUUGAGCUGAUUUUCUGUGUUUUGCUGCAAGUGUUUGCACCUCGAAGGGGUUUCAAUCAGAACAGUAACCACCAAUGUUUGUUUGUUUGUUUGUUUGUUUGUGUUGCAGGAUUGUGCUCAUCUGUGCUAAGCGGUCUCUGUGUGCUGCCUUCUCUGUGCUGCCCUACGGAGAGAGCUUCUACCUCAGUGACCCCACAUUGAACCACCCCAGGAGGAGACACUCGUCUGGAAACAUCUCCACCACCCUGGAGAUGCUGCCGGGGCUGGAGGGCUUCCACCUGGACACCUACGGCCGGUCGGUGUCCUACGCCCAGUUCCUGUAUCCCACCAACGCCCUGGUGAGGCAGAAGCCGUCGUCCACCAGCGACCUGACGCUGCAGAUCCCGGUGUCCAGGAGCGCUCACAGCAUGACGGGCAGGAACUUCCCCCCCAGCCGCCUCAACAGCACCGUGGGGCUGGACCUGGGUCUGGACGAUGUGACCGACUACGACCCCAACAUCCUCAGUGACCCCCAGUGGCCUUGUGGGAAACACAAACGAGUGCUGAUCUUCGCCUCCUACAUGACGACGGUCAUAGAGUACGUCAAGCCGUCCGACCUGAAGAAAGACAUGAACGAGACUUUUAAGGAGAAGUUUCCUCACAUCAAGCUGACCCUCAGCAAGAUCCGCAGCCUGAAGAGGGAGAUGAGGGUCGUCGGCGAGGACUGCGGCCUGCAGCCCGUCACCAUCGCCAUGUCCUUCGUCUACUUUGAGAAGCUGGUUCUGCAGGGUCGGCUCAACAAACAGAACCGGAAGUUGGUGUCGGCCGCCUGCAUCCUGUUGGCCGCCAAGAUCAGCAGCGACCUGAAGAAGCAGGAAGUCAAACACCUCAUCGAUAAGCUGGAGGAGCGUUUCCGGAUCAGCCGGAGGGAGCUGAUAUCGUUCGAGUUCACCAUCCUGGUGGCCCUGGAGAUGGCGCUGUACCUGCCCGAGAGCAAGGUGAUGCCCCAUUACAGACGGCUGGUGCAGCAGCAGCAGCUGUAGAGCGACGGACGGACGUCAUCGUCUGGGACUCACUGUGGCGGUGGUCGGACCGCCGUGCCUGGCCCAGCGGCCUCCGGACAGGAAGUGAUGAAGCGCUGAGUCCAGCAGCAGCACUGACGGGUUCAUCACGGAGGUUGACGUCAUCACGGCCCGUCAUCACGCCUCACCCAAAGGAUGCUCACUUUCUAUUUUUAUAUUUAAAUAUAUACGACAUUUCAGCAGCGCGACACGACCAUUUUAAAACUCAUUAAUUCUUCCGUUAGAACUUGUUGAUCAUUUUUGUAGCUUUUUGCGAAGCUGUUUCGUCUAAAAACAGUGAAGCAGCGACGUAGUUUAUUGACAUAUGGACAGUUUUUAUUUUGUUCUGGUUUAAAGGACAACGUCACAGCUUCAGAUCCGCUUUUUAAACCGGUCAGGUGUCGUUAAAUCAAAUGCAGCUCAACGGAUCCGCUCUCAUUCGGAGUUUUACACGAAAACAAAGUAAAGUUCAGACGGAAUCCUGCACAAAACAAAGACGCAGGAAACAGGAAGGAUUCAAGCGAACAAAACCUGCUUCAGUGUGAAGACCAACACCUGACUGUUGCUUUACGAGUUGUGUAGUUGUUGUGUAGUCGUCCUUUAAACCAGCUUUAACUCCUCCAGACGCCUGACAGCAAUCACAAGCACUCGACAAUCAUUUCACUGCACUUCCUAGGACGGAUGCUGCCGUCGUCGUGUUUCUGUCGGACGAUUCAAGGCGAUAAAAAGUGUCGGAAACGAGGGGAGUGUGGGUUCUAGCAGCUCUGGGCUUCAUUUAUCUGAACUUUCUGAACGAUCGGCCUGGACGUCGACCUGUUUCCACGUUUAGUUUAGUUUCCUGAGCGUCGGUCAGCUUCGCGCCCCACCGGAGGAGUUUGGAUGUUUAAGUGCCUUUCAGUGAAGCUGGUCGUCGGUGUUUAGAAUCUUCUCCUCGAAUAUCGUGAUUCAAACCAGCAGCUUCGUCUUUGUGUUUAGAUUUCAGCUCUGGGCUCAGUUUCCUUCUGCAAUAAAGCAGAUGAACCCAACACCGAUGUCAGCAGGAGCUUCUUUUAGGUGGAAGAUGACUUUUAUUUUACAGCUGGUUUGGUUUCUUGAUGUAAAAUUAAGCGUCUUUAAAGAUGUUCCAAAGUGCAGCUCUGAUCUUCCCACAUCUGUCCCAGAAAGCUGGAAGACAGUAUAAGACCAGUGUUAUGCUCUAAAUCCAUCUGCUCCCAGGUCAGUAGUGUGGAAGACUUCAGUCUACUGUUAAAGUGAGGACAGGACAGUGUGGUUUAAAUGUUUAAAUAUCGAGUCUAUUCCCAGUUUACUGGUCUGUUGAAUUCUGCAUUAACUAAAACACAGAACAGAAGGUUUGAUUCAAAUUUAAGGUGGAAUUAAGACGAAGAAUAACCACUAAAAACAUGUUAAAUAUCAGCAUUAGAUGUUUUAUUAACGCUAGAGUCCAAACCAUCGAUUAGUCGAUCAGUCGGUUGUUGGCGCCACAAGAUUAACGAUCCCUAAAGAUAAUUAGAGGCGUCUAGAUUUGAUCUGAAGUAUCCGGAUCAGGGCAGAACCUAAACCAGACUCUUUGUUGUCGCACGGUUUGUGGCGGGACGCUAGAGAUGCUAACUUCUUAAAGCAAUAUUAUGCAGCAUCCUUAAUCAAUCAACCAACACUGGACUGCGAAGGUGGUUCUGGUCCAGUUGAUCCCAGCUAGUCUAAAAAAACAACAGGUGGGAGGUCACACAAUGCUCUCUGCUGCCAGCAUGAGCUGUAGUCUGAGUGACGCCUCCU